AUGAAGUUGAAUGUCUUCAUUUCCGCGGUGGCUCUACUUGGUGCCUUCCAACCACGAUAUGAAUGUAGAGCCAUUGAAACUCGAGGAGCUGUCCAUCCAUCGAAGACUCUUGAAACUGAGCUCCAACAGCUCUCUCUUCCCAUUAUCCUGCGAUUAGGAGAGGAAUACUUCAUCCGGCUUGACAAGGCAAACCAAAAUGCAUCGCCUUCCGAUUCCAACGCAUUCGCCGGAGCACCCUCAAAGAUGGUAAACAGGGCUCUACAACUUCAACUCACUCAGCAACUUCUUCAAGGUAAAGUUGAUAGCAUCGAUCGGUUCGUAAGUAGUUACGAUAACCAGGUGGAUGAUUCCAAGGUAAAGGGAAAGCGGUCUGAAGAGCCUCCUAUUUCGUUGGAUCUGACGUUCCAUCUGCUGCGAGAAGUUUUAGAAAUGGCUCGAGCGGAGCAAAUUGCCCAGCAGGCAAAUAGUAACCGAAGGAUGAUGGACAUCUUUGGAAAAUGA